CCGGAUGUGGCGCCGUGGAGGCCUUGAGGGGCGCGAGCGAGCCCGCGAGAGGAAAAUAAAGGCGAACGAACCGCCGCCGCCUCAGUCCCCUCAGCCGCCGCCGCGGCCGCCUCCUUCUCCUCACGGAGCGGUUCCUCUUCCCCGCAGCCUCCGGUCAUGGGGCCUCCGCCGCCCGCUCAGUUACCACAACAAGAGCUGGGCCCGCCUUCGUCGUCGUCUUCUUCCUCGCCUUUUCCUCCAGCCGGGACGAGCCAGCGGAGGGGACCGACUCGCGGGGUGGGGGUUGCCCAGAAGGCAAGGCGUCCCUGAGACUGGAAAAGGUUCCCACCCCUGCCCUUACAUCAUGCAGCUCACCUGAUUAAAGCAGUGUACUAGUUCAGUGGGUAGCAACCUCUUCUUGCUGAAACUUUUGAAAAUUGUCAGUGGGUGUGGCUAUACCAGUGAGAUGCCCAUGGGCAGGACUUCUGCUUCAUUUGGCCCUCCUCUGCUAGGCCUGCCAUGACCGCAUUCUUCACCAGCGUCCCCAACUGGAUUCAAGAUGCAAAGCAGGAGGAGGAGGAGACGGGCUGGAAACUAGUCCCCCGCCCCAAGGGCCGAGAAAGCGAGAGCCAAGGGAAAUGCCAGCACGAACCGUCAGGAGCCUCCUUCCCCAGUGUGGAUAAGCUGAGAGCAAACCCAGAGCAGAGGCCGUACGGCUGCCCUCAAGUGCACUGUGGCAAGGCCUUUGCUUCCAAGUACAAGCUCUACAGGCACUUGGCCACCCAUUCUGCCCAGAAGCCCCACCAAUGCAUGUACUGUGAGAAGAUGUUCCACCGCAAGGACCACCUUCGCAACCACCUGCAGACACAUGACCCCAACAAAGAAGCUCUCCACUGCCCAGAGUGCGGCAAGAACUACAACACCAAGCUCGGCUACCGGCGCCACCUGGCCAUGCAUGCUGCCGCCAGUGGCGAUCUCAGCUGCAAAGUGUGCUUGCAGAUGUUUGAGAGCACCCAAGUCCUGCUGGAGCACCUCAAGGCCCACUCCCGGAGGCCCUCGGGCAGCGUGAAGGAGAAGAAGCACCCGUGCGACCACUGCGACCGCCGCUUCUACACUCGCAAAGAUGUGAGGAGGCACCUGGUCGUUCACACGGGCCGGAAGGACUUCCUGUGCCAGUACUGCGCGCAGCGAUUUGGCCGCAAAGACCACCUGACCAGACACAUGAAGAAGAGCCACUCCCAAGAACUGCUGAAGAUCAAGACGGAGCCAGUGGACAUGCUAGGCCUGCUCAGCUGCAGCUCAGCCGUUGCAGUGAAAGAGGAACUGAGCCCCGUCUUGUGCAUGGCAUCCCGGGAUGUGAUGAACAGUAAGAGCUUCCCUGGGAUGCUGCCAAUUGGCAUGUAUGGGGCACAUGUCCCCACCAUGCCCAGCUCAGGAAUGCCCCAUUCUUUAGUCCCCAACCCUCUGCCAAUGGGAAUGAGCUACCCCCUGGAGUCCUCCUCCCCACCACAACCUCCCCCAAAGUACCAGCUUGGAUCUACCUCAUACUUGCCUGACAAGCUCCCCAAAACAGAGGUGGACAGCUGUUUGGCAGAGCUCCCUGGAGGCCUGUCCCUGGUGCCUGGUGAGCCAUCCUCGUCCUCUCCUCAGCCUAUCACCCUGGAGGAGACACUGCUCUCCAAGAGCCCCGCUCUGCUUUCUGAGGCUCUCUGUGCUGCUAACAUGGACUUCUCCCAUCUCCUGGGCUUCCUCCCCUUGAACCUCCCGUCAUGCAACCCUCCCGUGUCCUCGGCGGGUCUGGUCAUGGGCUACUCACAGGGAGAGACCCAGUCACUCCUCACCACUUUGCCACCGCAAGAGGCGCCAGGAGCUGCGACCUCCCUUGGCUUCGGAGCACUUCACUCGCUGCCCUCCAUCUUCUCUCCUGGCUUGGGUGCAACCACCUUGCCACGUUUUCACCAAGCGUUCCAGUGAGGCAGCCGGGGAAAGAACGGGACUUCCCUUCGGCGUGUGGAUUGGGUACGGCAAAGGUGCCCGGAUUUGUUUUCCUUCCUACCUGGGAAGGCUUGAGGGGAGGAGUGCCUGCGUGGACUGGAACUGCCACGCGGACUUUGAUGUGCGCCUCAGUCCCAGACAGUGUGUAGGUUGCAGCAAAUAGAAAUUCAGGUAUUUCCCCAACCUUGUUUGUUUGGUAAAUCAGGCAUCACACUGACCUUCCUUGGGGCUUCCGUCCUCAUUCCACUUUAGGAGGUGAUUGAAUCGGGGGUCUGCCUCACGUUAGGGCACAACAUUUCUUCUGCAUUUCAGCGCCUCAGUCGAGGGUGGAAGAGCCUGUUGUCGCCCGCUGCCCUUCCCACAGCACCUCUGCUGGUUGCGCCCACACAGUGCUGAGUGCGUGCAGAGUCAACACUUCCUUUCUUCAGAGCCGCGUCAUUAAGACUCAUUCCAACCGAAUCGUGUUUACGCACCCGUAAAAAGUCUUCCCACCCACCCCUCACCCCCACCAUUGCAAAUCAGGAAGCGCCAGGAACACCGUCCUUGUUUCUGGCGCAGCUCGCACACUGUUUACACAAUGGAAUCGGGUCUCCCUGAUUUCACUUCACUACUUCCAUUUCUUCCCCUGUGGGGAAAGCAAAACUGACUAUGGAUUGCUUUUGCCAAUUUAGCUGACUGCCCUGUAGGUCAUGUUCCCUUAAAUCUCAGCGUGGGUCAGAAGGGUCCUGCAGCCCAAACAGCCCGGCUUGCUUUUCUGUGUUUGUGAGCACUCUUUCCCAAAGCAUACGCAGGGAUGGAGGGGAGUGGACCACGGCCUCACCUGUUAAUGGAAGCUCGUUGCUUGAGGGCUUCUCCCCACUUCUGUGGCUUACUUAAGUUCAGCACUGAGGUCUGCCACAAUGCCUUGCAAUUGACACUUGGUCCUUGGCUUUGAAGCACAAAGGAGCUUGCUGAGAGAAGCCAACGCUUCAGCCCAGCAGCAACAAGUCCUGAGAAGAAGCUUCCUUCUACCUCACCCCAGUGCUUGUUGGAGGAAGCCAUUGGUCUGUGCUUUGCAGUAGCCACAGAACUCAAUAUUUCAGCCUCAUAGGCAUUGGAGUGGGCUUGCCCAAGCCGUUCCUUUGCCCAAAGGAAUAGGGUCACAGUCUUGCUCUCCCAGUGGCUCAGCAAGACUUGUGCCACUUGCCUCUUGAAGGAAGUUUGGUAGCAUUUGUGGGUGGCAACUUUGACCCAGCUGUGUUGUGUUCUCAAUAUGCCUUCGUACCCUUGUUCCUGCGCUAUGGGUCUGCUUCCCAAAACUUCCUGUGCUCUUUUGUCUCCUUGGGACCUUGCAUUCCUUUGUAAGACCCCCUGGGCUUUUCUGGUCCCCCCCCCCUCUUGCACAGCCAGUUCCUAGCGUUUCCCCUGUGUUCCAGGAAUGUGUUACCCAGUAAAAAUGAGGGCUGCUUCGUAGUGUUUUCUGCGAUCUUGCACCCGUACAGUAAACCAAAGGGUGGGGACAUGCAAAGAGUGCAGUGGCUCUCCGGGUUGCUGUCUGCUUCUUCUGCGACAGUUCAGGGUCCUUGCGUGCUUUGUCUCCCAAGGCAAGUUGAUGAACUGGGCCCAUUGGUGCUUCCCAGUUGCCCCUGGGUUUCUGCUUCUCCAUGCAUUUGCUUGCUGGGUUUGCUGCUUCCUUUCUCCCUCCUGCUUGGAUCCCACUUCCUUUUUCCCUUGCCAUUUCAGCAAGCUGCUUUCCUGGACUGUUCUGUCUCUUAUCACAGCAAAUACCUCAUGAAGUAGGUUCCCUUCUUCCCUGUCCUUAUGAACUCGCACUUGGUAACCUCGUUUGGGGUCAGUCUGCCUGUGUGGCACUUCAGGGUAUCUUCACGAGCCCCAGAUGUUCACUUCUUCAUACCUCAGAUAUAUACAUACAUAUAUAAAUCAAUAUAUGGGGUGGAGUAGGGGUUAAGACAGUAGGAUCUGUUUCUCUUGCUUGCCUGCGUAUAAGCCUACCUCUGCCUUCAUCCUAAGAUGUAGUUUGUGGUCUCUCUGGAGCCCCUUCUGCUUCAGCAGAUACAUAGCAAGUUUGUUUUCCUACUAGUUCCAGUUAGUUCCAGUUUGCUUUUAAGCUCUGGGUUUUUCUCCCAUUGCCUUCCAGUGUUUAGAUGCUUUCAGUGCAGGAUUCCCCCUCCUGUCGCAAGGACAGGCUUUGUAGGCUUAGCUAGCCCUUCUCUAGCUGGAAUUUUUCCAUAUCAGUUUAGUAUUUUGCAUUAUACUUACCUCAACAACAGCAUGUGAAAGUGAGUUCCACAAGCCAUGCUUCUUGAUCUGUUUUUAAGACGUUGCCUUUCUAAUUUCAGCGAGUGCCUUGCGCUGGGUAAAUAGGAGAGUGCCUGGGCUUCUCCUUAUCAUUCAGUAUUUUUAAAUACCUCAGUUGUGUUUCCUGUUCCUCUCUUUUUUCCAGAAAUUGCUGCACAGUCUCUUAUGCAAUCCUCACCACAUCCCUACCUCGACACUUGUGAUAAAUCUCCACACUUCUGCCUUCUUCAGACUUUUGAACGUAACUGAUCCAAGAUUUUCCCAGGUUGAGUUGCCUUUUUGUUGUGUGACUCUUCCAGUUUUUGGCAAUUCCUGCCUUGUCUGUUGCCUGCUUUACUGCUUCCGGCCUUGAGUUUGGACAAAAGUCUGACUCGGGAGAAUAUUUCAGGCUCUAGCCCUUGUUCUUUUCAAUAUGUCUCCAUGACUUGUGUUUCUUUGCUCUAUUACCUAACAAAGAUAUAGGUAAGACCCCACCUAGUAAUUCAGAGUCAUCUUGGACCCCAAGCUUAGUAUUCACAUUUAUACCAAAAUAUUUCUCUGCUAAUAAUUUGGGGCGGGGUAAGAACUUGAGUGAGAACCAUCCACUGAAGCCAUGUUCACACGUUACAUAUGUAAGAUUUGCCAUCAUGUCCCCGUGUUCUUCAGCCAGGAUGCAUUUUGCAGGAGGAAAAAACAGAGCAGCUCAAACUGGGCUGAGGAGGAGAAAUGUUGCAGAAUCUUCUGUCCCACUACCAGGGCAUUCUCUCUGAAGUUUUUUUUUUGGGGGGUGGGUGGUACUUCUUCCAUCCCUCUUAGCUUUACUCAGGAGUGAAAUUGUCUGAAUCCGAAGGUAGCCUAGUGUCACAACUAGGCAGUGGGAAGGAAGCAACACUUAAGAUAGGAAUUAGCAGGUUCCUCCCCUUGGUGCCUAGCCCAGGGAUAGUGCUACAGUAAAAGGAAAGGGUCCAUCAUUCUCACUGCUCAUCAGUACACAGCUUUCAGGUUACCUUGAAAAGUUAGAUGAGCUGAUUAUCUUACCUAGUAGUUGUUAAUCCUUAUCCCAUUAUUACACUUAAUGACAGCUAGUUCUACAAACUUGUAGCCGGUGGAAAUAAGGAUAUUUUCUUAGUGUUAAGCUACUGUAAGUGAAUUUCAUUGAGGCUCAUAUUAUUUGGAAAGCUAAACAACUGGUCUGUAUUCACCCUUUCCAACUGGCAUGUGGGUUGGUUUGUGUUUUUUUUAAAAAAUACUUCAGUUUCCUUCCUUUUGAUCCUAAAUGUGGCAUGUUUAUAGGGGACUUAAAUUUCAUGCGACUUGUUUCAUAGUGUGAUGCCCGUUGUGAAGUAGAAUUGGGUCUUGGAGUUAAAGAGGUUUCAUUCCUCCUCGCAGAGAGAAUUCAGCUUUAACCAAGACCAUUCCUUCAUCUCCCCCCUCCCCUAUUUUCCUAGAGCUUACAGAUGGUUCAGGUCAUGAUGAGGUGAUCUUGCCACAGCCAUACUCUGUUAAAUGCCGCUUGUAUUCUUGUGUAGUCCAAUCUGAUAUUUACCACCCUUUCAUGAACCAUUGAAGGCAAAAGGUUUUUCUUCCUUUAUGGUGUGGCAGAUGCCAGUUCAUGCGGCACAGAGACUGGUAGGAUCACCUGUUGAAGAUUUCUACCAUGUCAAAGGGGGGAUUGGCUAAAAUGGCUGCAGUUUGUUGGAUCCUCUUGGCCAUUUGAUCAGCCUUGGUGUACCUUUUUAGCCUUCCUCUUGAAGAAGCUGGUACUUAGACCCUUCUUAGCUUUAGUGAUGCCAGUGUUACAGCGCCUCAAAAAUUUAGCUUUGUGGUUUCUUCCUGUACCAGUUAGCCACCUGUCUUAUGCCGAAUGCUACAACAUCGCAGGUCUCUGUGUUGGACUCUUUCCUAUUGACCAAGCUGUUUAUUUCCCUUUUAGUUAGCAAUAAGCCCAAUGGCUUUAUUUUACCAGCACUGACCUCUUCUCUGUAAAUAGUAAACUCAUCAAGGGGCAGGGAGGGUAGUACCGUCCCUUCCUUUCACUGGCACAUCUUAAAACUCAUAACCCAUUUUAUUUUCUGACUGACAUUUUAUUUUCUAACACACUCUUCUGUCCCAGAGCGCUUUGCUCUCCCGUCCUUUUGUGUUCAGAUGAUGCCUUUGCAAGUUCUUUUGUUUCUUGCCUUGUUUUGUGGGAUUGACUGUCCCCAAGAAGAAUGUGUCCUUCACAGCAGUGGAAUUAAAUUUUAGAAUACCACUAUUUCUAGACUUGCCCAUUAGAAAGGGUGAAAGCGAAAAGUUGUGCAGCCUCCUGGGAUUAAAAGGAAGAGGGAAAGUUAACAUCUUUCGGAUUAGUGUUAGGUAGGAAUCUUUGCUUAAAUAGUUAUGCCAGAUAAAAUGAAUGACUGCAAGUGCAAGCUCUGUGCAAAGAGUUACACCUACAGUGUGUUGUCUACAUGUGCACUGCAUGCUCCCCUCCCCUCUGCAUUGGUGGUCCUAGCGGAAAGGUCCCCUAGACUGCCAGAUCUUAACAAAAAAUGGUAUGCGAACAAAAAGUGGGAGUUUUGUGGCCGAGAGAGUGAGUACAUAUGUUGUUGAACCCUCUGUGAUUCUGGCUUGGUUUGUGUCUUCCUGCAUUUUUUGCAACAGCUGUUUCCUUGGGACAUCUCAGAGUGCUUCCUCUCACCAUCCACCCAAAGAAAGAAAUGUUAUGUGUCGUGUCAAUGAACUAAGUAUCUCUCCGCUGUUAUCCAUGGCUGUUUAAACUGACCCCCCCCCAAAAAAAAACUAGGUAGUCUGGAAUGGCUGCCUUCGCCUUUCCAGUUUUAGUGUGUUCUCAGCCUCUAGCGAGCAUCUCGUGAAAACUCUGGGUUUUUGCUUAGUCUUAAUAACUAAGAGCUGUGGUUUGUUCUGUUUGUUUUUUAAAAUGAAUGCUUUGUAAUGUGUUUUAACCAAGGUUUUACCCUACCUGCUAAACAGGAUGCUUUUGCCUUAGAGCAGGCCGUGGGGCUAUACCCCCCGCCACACACACACACACACACACACACACACACUCACACACACACACACUCACACUUUGUGAUCUGCCACCUCAAGGCGCCGGCCAUCACUCCCAUGUACCUGCUGCUGCUUUCGAUGGUGGCCAUGUUCUCAUAAUUUCAUUGUACUUCUGUGUGCAUAUAAAGGAUGGUAAGGGAACAGGGCAACUGCUGUCACCCAUGAGAAAAAGGGGGUGAUGGAGGCAUUGCAGGAAGGAAACAAGACUUAGUGGCCUGCACCUCCCCAGAGAGGAACUGAAGCCUGUGGGUGCCUGCACUUGGCAUGGCACGUGCCCCGGGUCAGACAGCUGAGCUCUGGUUGCUCCUGCAAAAGCCUUAAUAGCAUACACUGUGACUCCGGUGUGCUUUGUACUGGGCAGGGUGGGGGGCAGGGAACAUGGGCAGAGGACAACAUAAUCUGCCUGCAGUGGGGCACGAUUCUUGCUUUGGAAUUUGAGAUUUGGGACAGUAUUCCUAGUCAUUUUUCACGGGAAAGUUUCCUGUUCCUCUGAACAGCACACGAACUGAUGGCUUGAACUCACAGGUGGCCCCUCUGCCUGAGAGUGUCUGUCCCGUGACUGUGUUUUUGCUCUCCUGCUCAGGGCUGUGGUCUUAACAGCUGAACUUUCAAGGGCUCAUUUGGGAUUUCUCCGACCUUGCACCUUGCAAGAGGGAGCUGACCUCUUUGGCUCACCUGAGCCGUACCUGCCUCGUCUCCCAAGCCGGCCGGCCCGCCUGCCUGCCCUCCGCAAGAGCCACCAAGGCCCUCUAGGCCUGAAGCUGGGACUUCUCAAACAAAUCUAGCACUUUUUCUAAAUACAGCAAAUAACCUCCUCUGAUGAAAAGUAUUGUAGGACUUCUUACAAGUCCAGGUUUUUAAAACUAAAGAUUGAAGUGCCAUUAGGAAGUGUACAGUUCAUCAUUGUUCAGUUAGCUUUUCUUUUGUCUUACAGAAUUAAGUCCAAAAUGAAAGAGUGUGUGUUUUGUUUUUUUAAAAAUGAAAAUGCUUAUUAAAAAUGUUUGAAGUAUAA